AUGUACAAAAAACCCGACUUACAUAAAAAAGAUACACUAAAAAUAACUAAAAGUAAUAAUAAUAAUAUAGAGGAAGACCUACAGUCUAUAGGAACUGAUAUUCCUGAGAACAGCGGUACUCAUGGGUCAUUAUCGUAUGCAGCUGGACAUACUCCGAAGCACUCUCUUAAUCGGACUCCUCCGUCUGGUACACGUAUUCCGAUCGUGGAAGAGUCUUUCGUCAAUGUACUUCCAGUCACUACAUCCUCUAUUAAACGCAAAAGAGACACUGGUACUGAAAUAGAAGGCGCAAACUGCUCUAAAACUUCGCAAAAUACCAGUAGAGGUGGAAAGAAGUCAUACAAAAGAAACAACUCGGAGUCUGAUAGCUCCGCUACAGAGUUCUCUGAAAAUGAGAAAGCCGACGAUAUUUCCUUCGUCUACAAUGAAUCCAAUGUAAAUCUUGCCACUAUUCUCCUAGAAUGCGUCAAAGAAGUGGAAACUGUCCGUAUGACAUCUAGUAACCUAAAAGGCGGAUACGUUAAAAAAUUAAAAGAAGCUGAAGGAAGAAUUAAAAAAGUGUGCUCGGAAUUACAUGGUGAGCAAUCUAAAAGUCACGAAUGUAAGAAAUCAGCUGAUCUGCUCAAACAGAAUUUAAAAUUAACUAAGCAGGUCAAACAUUUAGAAGCCCGAUUACAAUUCGUAGAAGCACAGCUAGCUAAACAGUUACCUACAGCUGAAACUGAUUCGACUUCUGCCCUAACAUCAUCUCAUAAUAUACCUACUUUAAAUAAUAUGCUAAGCAAUAUAAAUGAUAAUAUCGAAACGACAUUAGCAGAUUUCAGGAAGGAGAUUGUUACCCUCCUAGCUGAAAAAACUCAAUGUCCUUACCCUGUUUCUAUCUCUGCAUCCUCAUCUUCUCACCAGGCUCCUUCCACGACUAGUAGGAAACCUCUCAAUGUUGCAUCAGCCCCGGUCAAUAUCCCUGCUCCUCAUACUCCAGAAUCUUGGGCCACAAUAACUAAAAGAAAUAAAAAGAAAAAUCAAAAUCAACAAAUUUCAGGUGCAUCAUACUUACCAACCUCUUGUCCUCCUCCCUCUUCCUCUCGUCCUGCCCCUGACCCCAACCCAACUGCCUCUCGUCCUAAGGUACCUGUAAAAAAACCAAGAAGUGUAGAUAUAGUAUAUUUAUCGGAGACCAAUAAUGGUAAACUAAAACUACCGGAGAUUCUUAGAAAAGCAAAAGAAAAAAUUGAUCUUAAAGAACUAGGUAUUGAGACGAUUAAACCUCGUACGUCCAUCAACGGAGGAUUGAUUCUUGAAAUUCCCAAGCAGAAAGGGAACAAUGCCGCAACCAAGCUGGCUGAAAAAAUCAGUGAGCUUUUCGACUCGGAGGAUGUGCUUGUUAGGUGCCCUACAAAAUUCAAAGAAUUCCUUAUUACAAACCUGGAUUUUGCCACAACUAAGUCAGAAUUGUUAGACGCACUUGCAUUAAUUUCCGGCGAGAAUGAAAAGAUCAUCCUCGGCCCAAUAAGAGCUAAUAAAAAAGGCACUGCAACAGUGUGGUGCAAGUGCAGCGAGACCCUAGCAUACAAAUUUUUAUCCAAGCAAGUAGCUCGCAUAGGAUGGUCUACAGCGCGCUUUCUUCCUCUUGAGAACCGGCCCUCCCAAUGCUAUAAAUGUUGGGCAUAUGGACACGUUCGCGGACGCUGUACGUCCGACAUUGAUAUGGCAGGAUGGUGUUACAAGUGUGGUCAAGAUGGGCAUCCUUCAAACGAAUGCAAGAAGGAUAAUCCCACUUGUAAACUCUGUGAGAGAAAUAAAUAUGAUUCUAAACAUCGUAUGGGAUCAAUCACAUGCGCCUCUUAUAUUAAUUUUAAAAAGAGUGCACAAAAACCACAAACCUCCUCGACAAAUCCGUCCAAUGUACCUGGAAAAACGAAUGCUGGGCUGGAGGGACCUGAAAAAAAGAAAAAAAAUUAA